AUGGUGAAAGGAUCCCAGGACACCGGCAAAGGCGUCAUCCUCGGCGGUCUGUUCGUGCAGAUCAUCUUCUUCGGCUUCUUCCUGAUCAGCGCCAUUUUCUUCCAGAGGCGGAUUGGUCGCCGGCCCACGCCGCAAUCGGUCGACGUGUAUAUCCCCUGGCGGAAACAUCUGUUCGCGCUGCAUGCGUCUAGCGUGCUGAUUCUGAUUCGAUCCGUCUUCCGUGUGGCUGAGUAUGCGGGGGAUACGGAUGGGGUUCUCAUGUCGAGCGAGGCCUUCAUCUAUAUCUUUGAUGGACUCCUCAUGUUCCUCGUUAUGCUCAUCUUCGUGGUCGUCCAUCCGAGCGAGGUGAACUGCCUCUUGGGCAAGGGGACGUAUAUGACCGUCAGGGGUGGGUUGGGAGUUAACGCGAAGAACAUGCCUGUUUAA